GCCAGAGCGCGAGAGGUGAGCGAGGGGAGGAGACGCAGGAAGCGAGGAGGAAGGGGAGCGAAGGCGGCGCCAUGGCCGACGACGCCUUCGACGCGGCCACCAUCGCGAAGCUCAUCGGCGUCGCGGUCGGGAGCGGCGCCUCCGCCGCCUUCGCUACCGGCGCGAGCGGCUGGUGGGCGCUCAAGGCGUACCGCGAGGGCCGGUUCUCGAGGGGCUGGUGGCGGAUGCGCGUCGGCGCGCUCGGCGGCGUCAGGACCCUGAAGCAGGCGCUGGCCUACGACUGCGCCCUGUGCCGCCGCAGCCUGGAUCGGCGGGAGGAGGUCCGCACGCUCUCCUGCGGCCACGCGUUCCACUGCCGCAGGAGCGCCAAGUGCGGGAACACCAUCGACGACUGGCUCCGCGAGAACCGCAUGCGCUGCCCGGUCUGCUGCAAGAUCGCCUACCCCGUGCUGCCGUGGAAGGCGCCGCCGACAUCCGCGCCACCAGCGCCUCCUCGGUCGCCGUCGACGACGGAUUUGGAGGCUCAGCUACCGCUGCCGUUGGCGUUGGAAACGGCGCCACCGAAGAGGCCGCCGCCGCCGCCGCCGUCGCUGUGGUUCGAGGAUACACUACGGACGCCAUCGCAGUCGGAGUAGACACGCAUGAUCGAGCUUGGAUUGGACGGUGCGUUUUUUCGGGCGGUCUGGAUCAGUUCUUGGAGGAUUCUUCCAUCGUUUCUUAUUCUGCGUUCCUGGAACUGGUGUAGGGUAGCGCGUCUUGUCUGAUGGUCUGGAUUAGUUCGUGAACGAUUCCUUCGUUGUUUCGGUCUUUUGCUUUGGAACUGGUCGAGCUUAGCUGCGUUCCUGUUCUUUUGUUCAGAGCUGUCUUUUGUUCACCUCUGAUGAACUAAACAUCUGAAGAAUUUGGUCAAGAAAGGAUUGAAGUUUCCUGGGUUUCUGUUAUUUUGUUCAGAGCUGCGUUCACCUGUGAUGUACUAAUCAUCUGAAUGUGGUCAAGAAAUGACGAUUUGUUACUUCUUGGAUCCGUUAUAAUGU